GUUGUUUUGUGCCUCGUGGUGGUGGGUGGGAGCGCGAGAAGAGGCGAAGGAUGGGGGACGAGAGGGUGAAGGAGGAGGCGCUGCAAAUCUUGGGCCUCUUUCAAGUCCUUCCGCGCUUGGUCGUCUUCGAUCUCGAUUACACCCUCUGGCCUUUCUACUGUGAAUGCCGCUCUAAAAGGGAAAUGCCAGUCCUUUACCCACAUGCUAAGGGUAUAGUACAUGCGCUUAAGGCUAAAGGGAUAGAUGUGGCAAUUGCCUCUCGAUCGCCAACACCUGACAUAGCUAAAGCUUUUCUUAAUAAAUUGGAUCUGCAGUCCAUGUUUGUAGCACAGGAAAUAUUUUCCAGUUGGACUCACAAGACCGAGCACUUCGAGAGGAUUCGGAGGAGGACCGGUGUGCAUUAUAAGUCAAUGCUCUUCUUUGAUGAUGAGUAUCGGAAUAUUGAGGCAGUAUCUAAAAUGGGGGUAACAUGUAUUCUAGUGGAUAAUGGGGUAAAUCUUGAAAUGCUGAGGUUGGGCUUAAGAAAUUUUGCUCAUAACUUUUCAUCACCCAAGACAAAGCAAUCAGAAUAGUGUGAUAUUUCAUGCACUAUUAUGAUUGCCUUGCUGAUUCAUGGUUGUUAAGCACUCCAUUAUUUCCUCUGAUUUAUAUAAUUAGGUGAUCUUAUAUUUAUAAUUGUUAUUCACCUACUUUGUUAGCCAGGCUACUGUAUGCCAAAUUCUGUGUGAUUCAAGACAUUUGUCUCUCAAGGUUUAAAAAUUACUGUUUUUUGUGAUGAAACUUUUCAUGGAAA